GCUAACACCAUGUAUAUAUACCAAUAAUUAUAUAAUAAUAAUAAUUAUUAUUAUUAUUAUUAUUACAGAUCGUCGGUACUAAGCUUCAAUUCAUCGUUGGCUAGUUUCAACAUUAGUCACAUGCAAUAUCGUGCAAUAUUAUGUAAUAGUUUCAAAAUUCUGAGACGAUACAGCCGCAAGCGAUUCAUUGGCCUUUAGACUCCUGUGAGGAACUUACACGUGUAUUUCCGAGCUUCCGUGCAUGGAGGACAUUGAACGCAAUCUAACGUUUCGAGAGAGAACUUUCACGACCAAUCAGCACACGACAACACGAAGCUUACAAAAUUCAGCAAUCGCCCUCGCCGGCUUUGUGGGUUCCUGUUGACGGCGAAGUGGUGAUACUGAGAGGAAGAAUUCCGAUUUAUUCUCCCAACAUGAUACAAAGGCUGUUCCUAAUUUUGACUGUUUUUUCGUUACCAUUGCUAAUAUUUGGUUCAGAGGACGAUGUCUUCGAAUUCACAGAUGAUGAUUUUUCAACACGUAUUGCGGAACAUGAAACUGUGCUAGUUAUGUUUUAUGCACCUUGGUGCGGCCAUUGCAAGAAACUUAAGCCAGAAUAUGCGAAAGCAGCAGGCAUAAUUAAAACAAAUGAUCCACCUGUCACUCUUGCCAAAGUGGAUUGUACUGAAGGAGGAAAGGAGACUUGUAAUAAGUUUGGAGUAUCAGGGUAUCCUACUCUAAAGAUUUUCCGAAACGGCGAAUUCAGUUCAGAAUACAACGGACCCCGAGAAGCAAAUGGCAUUGUUAAAUAUAUGAAGGCACAAGUGGGUCCUAGUUCAAAAGAAUUGAAGUCUGUAGCCGACCUUGAAGACUUCCUUUCCAAAGAUGAUGUAGCAGUUGUAGGGUUUUUUGAGACUGAGUCAGAUUUGAAGGGUGCAUUCCAAAAGCUUGCAGACAAGUUAAGGGAAAAAUUUAGAUUUGGUCACACUUCAACUGCUGAGGUUCUGGAAAAACAGGGUGAAACUGACUCCAUUAUUCUCUUCCGACCCAAGCAUUUGCACAAUAAAUUUGAACCUAAUACUGUUGAGUAUGAAGGAGGUGCCAAAAAAGAAGAAAUUGAAACGUGGAUUAACAAGAACUACCAUGGUUUGGUGGGUCAUAGGGAACGUGAUAACAGUAAUGACUUCAAAAAUCCCCUUGUUGUUGCUUAUUACAGUGUUGACUACGUCAAGAAUGCCAAAGGAACUAAUUAUUGGCGCAACCGCAUUUUGAAGGUUGCUAAAGGAUUUGCUUCUAGCUUUACGUUUGCAGUCAGCUCUAAAGAUGACUUCCAGCAUGAAUUGAAUGAAUAUGGUUAUGAUUAUGUCAAAGGUGACAAACCUUUGAUUUUCGCACGAGAUGAAAAGAAUCAGAAAUUCAUCAUGAAGGACGAAUUUUCGGUGGAGACCUUCGAAAACUUUCUGACACAAUUGAAAGCCGGGAAAUUGGAGCCAUAUCUGAAAUCUGAAGCUGUUCCAGAGGACAACAGUGGGCCAGUUACUGUAGCGGUUGCCAAAAAUUUUGAAGAAGUUGUUACCAACAAUAACAAGGAUACACUCAUUGAAUUUUAUGCCCCUUGGUGUGGUCAUUGUAAAAAGUUGGCUCCUGUAUUUGACGAGCUGGGUGAGAAGUUGAAGGAUGAAGAGGUAGCCAUUGUGAAGAUGGAUGCCACUGCCAAUGAUGUUCCUUCACCUUUCGAUGUUCGAGGCUUCCCAACACUCUACUGGGCUCCAAAGAAUGAUAAGAUUAACCCUGUCCGAUAUGAGGCAAGUGGUGGUCGAGAACUGGAAGAUUUCAUCAAGUACAUUGCUAAACAAGCUACUAGUGAACUGAAGGGCUGGGACCGCAAGGGCAAACCUAAGAAAGAAGAAUUGUAAUUGUGAACAGUUUGCAAAACUGAAAAAAAAUUUUGGACAGUGUGCAGUUUUGAAUGCUAUGUUAUUCUCAAUAUUGUGGUAACAGGAGGGACUGAAUGAAUACUAGUUGCCAAGAGUUGAGCUGUACUCUUGUCAUUAAUCUAAUCUAAUGAUGGUCUGAUUUUGAACAUUUUUAGAGAAAUCGCUGUUUUGAAAUUUGUCUUCAAGCAAGCAAGAAUAAAGUGAAUGUCAAUGCUUUUCACUGUAUAUUAAGAGUACAUUGGGAAUUUUUUGUACUCGACACCUGAAUUUCAUUGUAUUUUAUUGAAUUGGAAUACUAAAAAUAUUGUUUUGUAGUUUUGUGUUUGUUUAAUUUUUCUCCACAUAACAUUUGGUACAAUAAUAAAUUUCCAUUGUUUUUCAUUCCAUUUACUCCAGCAGAUUUGAGCGAGUUCAUUAAAUUGAUUUUUGUAUUGGUGAGAGGUAUGUUACUGAUCAUGGAGUAGUAUUUACCAUUGUUAAAUUUGUAUUUAAAUUAUGUGGAGUGGUUAAAUGGAUUUGGUAUUUUAAGUGAUAGUUUCCAGGAGCAUAACAUAUCUUGUCAUCAAUGUUUUAUUUGGAGGCUUGUCACCAAGUAAAGAAUAUAAAGAUACUUUGUAUUUUAAGAGCCUCUUAAUUGAUAUCUAUCCCUUUUAUAAAUAUAUUAAUAUGCCCUACCUUGUCCUACAUGUAGGUUUCUUCCUCUGCCUUACAUAAAUCUGCCAUUAAAUGCUUUAAAGUCUAGAUAGGAAAGAUCACAAUUUUCUUAACUCUUCACUUACCACCACCUUCAAACCCUCUGAGGAUCAAUUGGUAAUUCAAUACCUAUAAACUUAAGUGUGCAAAUGUCAAAUCAAGAAUAAUAAAAUUUCAAGAGUAGGACUGCUAACAGAUUUACAUAUAUAUAAAGAUAACGGUUUACAUAAUAGGGAUUAGUUUAACUGAAAACCAAACGAUAAAAUGAAAGCUGAUAGUAUUGCGUUGACAUUAUCUUGUCCAAGAAGAAACUGGUUCAAGGUUCGCUAGGUGACGUGGAAUAUUGCUCUCGGGGACCGGUUAACGGUACAUGAGGUUUCCCUCUGCCACCUGGCCACUUGGCAUUACACAUCUGCCGCAAGAACAUGGGUAAGCUCAUGUUAGCUUUAAUUUCACGGUCAAUACUAAGUAGGUAUGAAGAUCCUUGUACAAAACAAACAUUUGACAGUAAGGAAACGAACGCACGUGAUUUUGACACAGCGAUGGACUGAAUGACAGAAGAUGGUAGCAAAAUUUAAGUGACCGACUCUGUAAAUCUUUCAAGAAAAAAAUUAUUGGAAUUAAAUAUGCAACGUCAGCAGGAAAAGUUACCAUCAACGAACUGAUAAGUAUCCAUGACAACCUAUUGCUUUGUAAGUGCGCGCGGUCUGACCUGUCAUUUGUGUACAAAGAUGACACUACGAGGUCAAAGUCGUAUGGUCACAAUGAGACAUGAACCUCGACUGGCGGUAUUAUCUUGGGUAUUAUCCUUUUGGCUAGACAGUAACACUUUUGUCAUAACACAAGGUCGCUCAAGGUACAGUGUUGAAUACGGCCCUUCGUGACGCACGAUACCAUAUAAUACACUCUCUGCAUGAUACAUGCCGAACCAACUCGGAAUCAUACCCAUACGUCUGAGCUGCGUUUGGAACGCUCGCAGCUGUACGCCUGACGGCAUUGGACGCGUGCCAAGUUCUUAUUAAAUGAAUUCUUCGUCUCCAUCUGCCCCUAUUGACAGUAAACGUAACGAGGGCAGACGUGAGGAAUAGACAAUGUGACGAAAUCUUGUCUUAAGCUUGAGAAGAUUGCCCUAAACUACCUCGAUUAGUAUUAAGAGGAAGGAAAUAUUGUGGAUAUCUUACCCGAAGUCCAAGUGACGAAGCAAUGUUGAAGUUAAUGGGACCGAUCAAUGCCUCCCGAGGCCAGGCGUUAUUUACAUUUUCCAAAAAUUUAUGGAAUGUAAAUAGUUCAUCAGUUUUACGGGCGACAGUAGGAUAUCAACAUGCACUACAUCCGCGGCUAUUAUCUUCACAAUCUGAUCUGCCACCUCUUCCUGUACCCCCAUUACAAGUGACAUUGGAUAAGUUUCUAAGAUCUGCAAGACCCCUUGUGACUCCUGAAGAAUUUCAAACUACUCAAGAUUUGGUCAAACAGUUUUCAGCUGCAGGAGGAUGUGGUCCAAAACUUCAGAAGUUAUUGGAGGAGAAAGCCAAAACAACAAGGAACUGGUUGGCAGACUGGUGGUUGAGGACAGCUUAUUUGGAAUUCAGAUAUCCUGUGGUGGUGUGGUCAAGUCCAGGGUUGGUUUUCCCGCAUCAGAAAGUUUGUAAUCAAGAUGAGCAGCUUACUUUGGCGGCCAGAGUUAUUUCUGGAGCAGUAGACUUCAAAUGCCUAAUAGAUAAUAAUAAAUUACCUCUUGAAAGAAUGGGUAAGGAUCCUUUGGACAUGUCACAAUAUUCAAAAAUUAUGGGCACUUGCCGGAUUCCAGGAAUUCCACGUGAUAGCUUACAACAUGCAGAUCCUUGUAAUCCACCAAAACAUGUAGUAGUGGCAUACAAGAAUCACUUUUUUGAAGUCGCUGUUUAUGGAGAAAAUGGAGAGCCGCUUAGUGAGGACCAGAUAAGGGAGCAGCUAUGUGAAAUAGUGAGUGGUCCAGUGAGACCUGCUGUACCAAUUGGCAUUUUGACUUCUGAUCAGAGAGAUAAUUGGGGAAAAGCAUACCAAGAGCUGAUUAAAGAUCCGAAAAAUGUGUGCAGUUUGGAAACUAUACAGAAAUCUUUGUUUCUGGUGUGCUUGGACGAUCCAAAUCCAAACUUUGGUUCUCUCGAUAAAAGAUCUAUUGCUGCUCGUCAAAUGGUUCAUGGUUGUGGUAGCAAGAACAAUGGUGCCAACCGAUGGUUUGAUAAAACAAUUCAGUUUGUGAUUGGGACCACUGGUGAAUUGGGAAUUACUUACGAACACAGCCCUGCAGAAGGUCCACCGGUUGCUGGUCUAAUGGAUCAUGUUGUAGAUGUCAUUAACAAAGGAGGUUUAAAACUAUCAACAUCAGGCUGUGUGCCAAAGCCCAAUCAUCUUCCUUUCAACACCUCAUCUGAACUACAAUGUGCAAUUCAAACUGCUGAAAAGAAUUUAGAUGCCAUGGUUGAUGAUUUGGAGAUGUAUGGUUACGUAUAUAAAGGUUAUGGAAAAGAAUUUCCUAAGUCACAGAAAAUGAGUCCUGAUAGUUUCAUUCAAAUGGCCAUUCAAUUUGCAUUCUAUAGAUUACAUAAAUUACCUGGUGCUCAUUAUGAAUCAGCUUCCACAAGAAAGUAUUUUGGGGGUCGUACUGAAACAAUUCGAUCUUGUUCAUGUGAAUCUGUAGCUUUUGCAGAAACCAUGUUGGACUGUUCAAAAUCAGAUGAAGAGAAAGUGAAGGCUAUGAAAGAAGCUGUAAAUGGUCACAAAAAGUAUACUUUGGAAGCUGUUAAUGGAUGUGGUGUUGAUAGACAUCUCCUGGGGCUUAAGCUUAUUGCAUUAGAAAAUGGUAUUCAGGUGCCAGAGUUGUACAAAGAUGUGGCUUAUGUCCGCAGUUCACAUAUGAGAAUUUCAACUAGUCAGGUGGCAGGAAAAUGUGAAGCAUUUAUGUGCUAUGGACCCUUGGUUAAUGACGGUUAUGCUUGCUGCUACAAUCCUCGUGCUAAUGAAAUUCACAUGGGUAUAUCUGCUUUCAAAUCUUGCCCAGAUACAAGUGCUUCUAAAUUUAAAGAUGCUCUUGAAGAAUCCUUUGAUGAUAUGCACAAUGUUUUGGUGAAAACACAGAAAUCAAAACUAUAGACACUUGAUCUGCUGACCCCCCCCCCCUAUCGAUGAGUAACACAGUGCCUUGGCAGAAGUGUAAGGAAAUGAACUGGAAUGGAUGUUAUACCCAUAGUAUUGUACAGAUGUUUCAUUUCUAUGAAAAAACUAUACUUAGUAUUUACAAUACAUAAUUUUGUACAAUAAAACAUUUUAUUCAAUAUAUAUUUUUUUAAGCCUUUAACAUAAUGAAUUCUAUAUUCAUAAGAUAUGACAAAAAAGAAACUGAAAAUAAAUGCGUCAGGUUUGGGAAAGUUCAUUAAUUUCUUCAUUCUUCCACUGUUCUCCUCUUCCCAGUUUAAAUGAAGAUAAACUGUUCUAUGCACUUUUCAUACACAAUAUUUACGCCCGCUUUGUGUCUGACAGGACUCGCAUUAUGCUCCCAACCCCACCCACAGCAUAUGCCUUUUCGUGCCACAGUAGUAAAUGACCACUGCUUCCUUCAGAAGGAGUUUCAAAUCCUCUGUACACAUAUUUCAUGAGAACAUCAAUAAGAUCUUUGUCUAAAGCAGCAACAACUUCCUCUAUUUGGGAAGAUUUUAUAGCCAAGAGAACUCGCAGAGUCAAAUUUAAAGCAUUGUCCUUAACAAGCUGGUUCUUAGAACCCAAAGGAGCAUUUUUCAACACUGUUUUCAGUGCAUCUACAUGUCGUCCUCUGAUUCAUCAGAGCUGUCACUUCAGCUUCGUCAGGCCCAAUAGGCGGAGACUGUAGUUCAGCUUGCUCUUCUUCCCUGUAGUUAUCUUCAUUAUAUUGAUCAACAUCUAUUUUUCUGAAGGCAGAACUUGACGUAUUCUUAGCCAUUGCGAGAUGACAAAGUAAAAUCGCCAACAAGAAGACACCACGCCCCCCAAUUCCUAUCUGUUCGUUGAAUUCCGGUUUCCUUUCCACCCGCUAAAGAGAAUAUAGUUAUACACUUGUUCGUAACACGAAAGCACGAAGGUAUCAGAUUAUUCUGUGAUGACACUGAAAUGGAACUGUCCAAUAUCAUGCAGCCUAAUUCACCAUCAAAGUCAAAACAAUUGUAUGGUUUGUUUGAUUAUCAGAUAAGCAAACGGUUUUACUGAUUUCCUUUAUUUUUUAGAUCCUUUCCUUUCUAGUCGUGUGAGAGUUCCGUGAGAUCGUUGGUUCAUUUUAGUGUCUUGUCCGUUCUACCUAAUCGCCAACAUGGGGAAAGUAAAGUGCUCGGAACUCCGAACAAAGGAUAAAAAGGAGCUGAUGAAGCAGCUCGGGGAGUUGAAGGAGGAGCUGGGUAACUUACGUGUUGCUAAAGUUACUGGAGGUGCUGCUUCCAAGCUAUCAAAAAUCCGAGUUGUGCGGAAGGCUAUUGCUCGGGUGUAUAUUGUUAUGCACCAGAAACAAAAGGAGAACUUGCGGAAACUCUUCAAGGGGAAAAAGUACAAGCCUUUGGACCUUAGACCCAAGAAAACAAGGGCUCUUCGAAGAAAGUUGACCAAACACGAGAGCAGAAUUAAAACUCAGAAGGAAAUUAGAAAGAGGCAAGCAUUCCCUCCAAGAAAAUAUGCUGUCAAAGCUUAAGUUUAUUUGAAAAUAUAGACUUAUCUAAAGCAAUAUGACUUAUCAUUUUUUAUCCUUUUUGGACUUCCCUUUACAAGAAUAAGAAAAUAUGUUGUUUGCUCAGUGUUGAUGGUCGGUUAUUGUUGAAUGUGAGCUCAACAAAGUUAUGUUUUUUAAACACCUAUGAUAAUGCCAUAACAAAUUUUAAGGAAUCUCCAUUCUCAUGUGUGAUAUUUAAUCACACUGUAUUAAUUAUAAUGGUUACAUUACAAUUACAGACACACUUACAAUGAUUAAAUAGUGAAUGCAUGUUUAUACCAGAUUUACAUGCUUCUUUUUGAUUGAUUCUGAGAGAUUGUGAGCACACUCGCACACUGCCAAUUCUGAGGCUGUGAAGCUGCUGUGCGCAUUUGCUGAAACUCCAAAAAAAUUUGUCUAAUAAAAGCAUGUGCAUUGGAGGUAACUUCUCAAUUGCUGUUGAUAGUACAGUUUAAGAUUUACAUUUACAGUUUUAUUAAUGGCCGUAGUCCUCAUUUGAGGAUGCACCUUUCUAGUCAGCAAAAAUUUGUUUAUUUUGUAUUAAUUUGUGAUGUUUUUAUUACUGUAAUACAUGUUGACUUCCUAAAAGAAAGUUUGUUUUGGAAUUCCUGAAUGCUAGAUGUCUAGCCUUUUACUAUUGUAAGCUCCUGGCCAGGGUUUAUUUAUGAUAUGUUGGUUUGAAUCUUCUAAAUCUGUGCUAAGCUGCUGUGUCAUGUCUUAUGGUUAGCUCACUAUGGGCCCUGGCCGUCCAACGGUGACCCAGCCUUCUGAGCCAUGGGACAAGGCAUGUGGUUAGAAUGCAGACAUGCCUUCAUUGUAUAUCCUGGUCUUCAUAACCUUAAGGUGGGCUUGCUCAUGGUAGAAGGAAGGAAUAGAUAUUGGGACAUUUGUAAAGCAAGCGCUCAGUUAUUAUUUUAGCCUGGCCGGGAAUCGACCCUGAGGUUUUACCAUGAAAAGCAAGCAUGCUAACCAGAUUACUAAGGGCCUAGCUGCUAUGCUGCCUUUGGUUAAGUUUGUUUUACUGGUAGGUGUCUAUGGACCAACCAGUUUGUUUUAUGGCAACUUUGUAAAACAAACUGAUGGGGCAGUAUUUCUAAUGGUUUUACUACUUUUAGAAAAAGUUACUCAUAUUACCAGUGGUCAAUGUUUGUGAGUGCUCUAGUAAUAGAAACUGGAGACAAAUGUCAAAAUACUUCUAGAUAGCGUAGGCUAUCUAGAUUGGCUCAGCAUGCAUGAAAGUAACAAUGGGCUAGCACUGUGCAUGCAAAAUUAAUUCAGGUGUUAGUGGGUUAAAUAAUUCUUAAAUGUAAUAUGUUGCUUUCCCAGAAUACGUUUGCAACUAAAAGAAGUCUGAAAUGAAAUGGUGAACCGGCCCAAAAAGAAUAACUUUCUAUUUGUGUGAAUCUUUCUCUUGAAUACCAGUUGCUGCUUGGUGGAAUGUGAACAGCUAUUUCAUGGACAUUUUUAUGGCAUGAAGCCAGAAAAUCAGUAUUAAUAAAUUAGAAGUAGAGAC